AUGUUUUCAAAUAAAGUUGGUAGUCAAAUUACCAUCAAUGAAAAUUCACACGUUGAGUUGCUUGGUGCUUUUAUUUUUAAAUUAACUAAAGAUAUUUUCAAAAUAUCAAGUUCAACACAACGUAUUAAUUUUGUAUCAAAAUCGUUUGAAUUAACAAGAGAAUUUAAUGCUGAUAAUCGAAGUACAAUUCAAACCGAGAAUCUCAUUUUAACUUUGAUAGACACAUUUAAAGUCUCCACAGAGAGAACAAUCAAAGAUCUUCCACUCUUUUUUGUAUUGAACACAGUUACAAUAACUGGGUUUGCUGCUUUUCAACACGAAGGCGAUUUCGACUUUUUAUACACAAACAACACACUUGACACGACAUUGUACACAACCCCAUUCAAAGUACUUUUAGAAGGUCACCUAUUACGGUAUGGUGCUUCAAAUAAGAUAUAUUGUCAUGUAAACCACACUGAAGACACACAAGUGCCAUAUUACAUCGAAAGUUAUUGCCCACUCACUGAUGCAUACAUCACACCCAUUGACACUUUUUAUCAAAUGAAAGUCAAAGUAGAUACGCCAAAACAGAAUUCAAUUGUUAAAAGCGCAGAAAACGAAGAAAAUGUGAUUGUAAUUGGAAACCAAAAAUACGAUUUGUCACUCACUGAUUUUAUUGAGAUUGAGAUGGAAUCUGACAAACUAAUAGUUUUAGAUAAUUCUACAAUCACAAAAAACAUAUUUCUUGUUGCAGAAAAAGGGUUUGAAUACAAUAACACGUCGUGCAAGUCGGGGUACUUCCAAAACGGGAUAUUCAUCUGUCAAAAUCAUAUACCAUGUAUUGAUGGUGGUAAAACCACCGAUUGGAGAUGUGCAGCAUGUCAAGUUGUGAAUUGUGUGAUGUGUGAUGGUGACAAAGGUAAUUGUAUAAAAUGCAAAGAGAAUUUGACAUACAAUACCAAAUCAAACACAUGUGAAGAAUACACAAACUGUCUUUCAUUCACAAAAGAUAAAUGUCUUCGAUGUAAAGAUGGUUUUGUGUUUGAAGGUAACAAUUGUGUUGCCAUCACCGAAGACAACGGAAAUUGCCAGAUAAAAGUCGGCGUUCCGUCAGAGUGCAGAAUGUGUGAUAUAACAAACACGACACUGAUCAAUACCAAUAGCGUUUGCAGUGUUGUCAACAGCAAUGUUGCUGUUCACAGUCUUUCUAAUGUGGUUGAAUGCAAAAAUGGGUUUUAUGUACAAAACAACACUUGUAACGACUGCACAACCGACAACGAAGGAAGUUUGUUGUGUUCAUUCAAAACCACGGAGAAGUGUGAUGCGACGUAUUAUGUGAAAGAAGAUGGUAGUGUUUGUGUCAAAAACGAGUGCUCAAGUGGAAUAAACAACGAAGAGAAUGGGAAGUGUGCACCACAAAUAGACAACUGCGUGAAGUAUGUGAAUGGUAUAUGUGUCGAAUGUUCUUCAAAGUACUCAUAUGAUGGCGAUGCGAGUUGUGUUGACCCAUCAAAAGUUGAUGUGAACUGUGGAACAGCAACUCCGGUUGGGUGUAUCAGGUGUGAUGGAAAUACCUUCCUGAAUGUAUUGACACACAAAUGUGACACGUGCAACUCAAAUUGUGAAAGUUGUUUGAAUUCGACGAUGUGCCUGUCGUGUGUAGAUGGUUUCUUUUUGAGUGACCACAUCUGCAAAUCGAAUGACGCGUUGAAUGACACUUGUGCACGAAAGGUGCCAAAUGGGAAUGGCUGUUUGGAGUGCAAAGUUGGGUAUUACAAGAAGGGAGCUGAUUGUGCACAUUGUGAUGUAAAAUGUGGCGAGUGUCUGACAGAGAACUCAUGUAUUAAAUGCAAUGUAACAAACUACAAAACGAGUAAUGGUGAUUGUCUUCCGCGCUCUUCGAUAACGACGUGUGCCGUUGAAGUGACUGAAAGUGGUUGUUCAUUGUGUAAAGACGGGUAUUACACAGUCAAUGGAAAUGAGUGUCAGAAGUGUGUUGAAGGGUGUGCAAAGUGUUCAGAACCGACUCGGUGCACAUCGUGUGAUGACACGUUUGUACUCAAAAGCACCAUGUGUGUAAGUUAUUAUAACAUCACAAAGUGCACAAAAACAAAAGACUCAAAAUGUUCGUUGUGUACAUUUUGGUAUUCACCGAGUGACGAUGGCACGUAUUGUUCGAAGACGGCCGUGUGGUGGCUGAUACUUCUUAUAGUUGUCAUUGUCAUUUCAAUUCUCGUGUUGGUCAUAGUGUUGGUCUUCUUUGUUAUGACCAAAUUCAGUAAAUACAGAAAAGAUUCAAAUGAACUCACACUCUUCAAAUUGAAAUACACAAAUAUGACUUUUGUUGAAAUGGCAGAUGGUCUGACAAUUCACACCAAAAACGAAGGAUUUUUGAUCACAGAUGAUGACUUGGACGAAGACGAAAUUGAUGUCAACAAAGAAAUUAAAAAUCUGUUUUCUAUUGGCAACACAACACCCCACCACGUGAAGAUUCAAUUCACCACAAAAAACAUUGAGAAGUACAAUAUUAGUAUUGAGCCACAGAUAAUAACAAUUCCUCCAAAUUACGGGUGCGAGUUCAGUCUCUUUUUGACGCCACUGUGCAACUCGAAUAUGGAAAGUAGUUUUGUGAUCAAUUACGUCAUCUUCUCAAGUGACGCCAAAACAUGUACACAUCAGACGGACUUCAAGUACAUCACUAAAAUAUCAACACGACUUGAUCCAGAAAGUUUAAUUGAGGAGAAGAAACUCGGCGAAGGAUCGUUUGGUGUUGUCUUCAAAGGUAAAUUUGGAGGGAAUACAGUUGCAAUUAAGAAGAUGAAAAACGCCACCGACGCAAAAGACCAAAUGGCUGAAUUUGAGAAGGAAGUGUCAAUGCUGUCAAAAUUCCACGACGAUUAUAUCGUCCACUUCUAUGGCGCUGUAUUCAUUCCUAAAAAGAUAUGUAUGGUCACUGAAUUUGCUGAGUUUGGGUCUGUGUUGGAUAUGCUGAAAAACAAAGAAGCAAAAGACGUCGAUAUGAAACUGCGUAUCAAAUUGUGUUUAGACGCAACAAAGGGGAUGUCCUAUUUACACAAAAACGGGAUCCUCCACAGAGACAUCAAGCCAGACAACGUGUUGAUAUUCUCAUUGAACCCAAAUGAUGUUGUGAACGGCAAAUUGACUGAUUUUGGGUCGAGCAGAAAUAUUAAUAUGAUGAUGACUAAUAUGACAUUCACAAGGGGUAUCGGAACACCAAAAUACAUGGCACCUGAAUUGCUUAAUGGACAAAAAUACAAAACGCCGUCAGAUAUUUAUUCUCUUGCAAUUUCAUUCUUUGAAAUCAUUGGAUGGGCAGAACCAUUUGCUAAAAGUACAUUCAAAUAUCCAUGGGAAAUAGCAGACUUUGUUGGGAAAGGAAAUCACCUCACUUACAAUGAAAAUUUUAGCAUUGAAACACAAGAAAUGAUUAAUAAUAUGUGGGAUAUCGAACCUCAAAAGCGUAUUUUAUGCGAUGAAAUUGUGAAAAGACUCGAAACCAUUUUCUCUAAAAUUCAAUAA